AUGCCACAUUCACCACUGAGCAUGUCACAGAUUGUGUAUAUAAUUGAAUUAGCAGCCACUGCCAGCCAGCCACCAACAUUAUCAUCUAAUGGGAUUAAACUGGUUGGGAUUGGUCUGGAAAGUCUUGGGGUAGAAGAUUUUGUGAAGAAUAAGUAUUUUGCAGGCGACAUCUACAUUGAUGAUAAAAGAAAAUGCUACAAAGACCUCAACUUUAAGAGGUAUGGCGUCCUUGGAGCUCUUAAAGCCGUUAUAUCCAGCUACUCAUCCAAGAUAUUGGCAGAGGCACGAGAGAGGAACAUUGAAGGUAAUCUUAAAGGAGACGGUCUUCAAAAUGGCGGACUCCUCAUCGUUAGAAAAGGAGGCGAACUGAUAUUCCUCCAUAGAGAAGAAUUCCCCGGAGACUUUUGUACUGAUGAAACAAUAAUAAAAGCUCUUGGAAUCACAAAGACAACAGAGCCACCUUCAGUUACUGAGAAAUGGAAGAAGUAA